UGUAGUGAAAUGACGCCAAUGACGUUAUGAAUUGUUCAUCGGUGUAAUGCCACUCCCCAACUUUUAAGUAUUUAUCCAUCUAAUAAUAAACAAUUUAAUUUUUCGUUUAAGUUAGGGUGUUUACGUUUAUUCCAAUUGUGUUAUUUAAGAAAAAUAUGAAGUAAAAUUAUGGAUUAUUUUGCAUUAAUAAUAUUGUUUAUCACAUUAGGAUUCGUUCAAUCAGAUUAUUAUUCAGAAUAUGAAUGUAAUACACCGCUUGUAGAGCAUGCUGCUAUUACUGCUACAUCUUCAAUGCAAGAAAGAGGUCCAGAAAAUGCUCGUCUAAAUGGAGAAUCAGCUUGGUCUCCUGUCGAAAGCACUUACGAUCAUUUUCUAAAAUUGGAUCUUGGUGAACGUAAAGAAAUUCGAUAUAUAGCAACAAAGGGCCGAGCACGUACUUCGGAAUAUGUGACUGAAUAUAUAGUACAAUUCUCUGAUGAUGGUGAAAGUUGGCGAUCGUUUGCAGAUGCCAAUGGUGAAAUGGAGAUGUUCAAAGGUAAUAUUGACGGAGAUAAAAUUCGUAAAAAUGAAUUUGAAGUCCCAAUAAUCGCCCAGUGGAUUCGUAUUAAUCCAACAAGAUGGCGUAAUCGAAUAUCAAUGAGAGUUGAAUUAUUUGGAUGUGAUUAUGAGGCUGAUAAUUUAUAUUUUAACGGUUCAUCUUUAGUACGAUUAGAUUUAUUGAGAGAUACAAUUUCAUCAUCACGUGAAGCGAUUCGAUUUCGUUUUAAAACAUCGCAUGCCAAUGGUGUAUUAAUGUAUAGUCGUGGUACACAAGGAGAUUAUUUUGCCCUUCAACUUAGAAAUAAUAGAAUGUUGUUAAAUAUUAAUUUAGGUUCUGGUAUCAUGACAAGUUUAUCAGUUGGAAGUUUACUGGAUGAUAAUAUUUGGCAUGAUGUAGUAAUUUCAAGAAAUCGACGAGAUAUUAUUUUCUCAGUUGAUCGUGUUAUGAUUCAAGGGCGUAUUAAAGGCGAAUUUAGUAAAUUGGAUUUAAAUCGAGCAUUUUACAUUGGAGGUGUACCAAAUAUACAAGAAGGUUUAGUUAUCACGCAAAAUUACACGGGCUGUUUUGAAAACUUAUAUUUAAAUUCAACUAACAUUAUACGUGAUUUAAGACAAGCACUCGAAGAUGGUCUCGUAUAUAAAUACGAUAAAAUUAAUACCCGAUAUAGUUGUCCAGAACCGCCUAUAGUUCCAGUAACAUUUUUAACACCUGGCUCAUACGCACGAUUAAAAGGUUAUGAAGGUGUCAACUCUUUAAAUGUAUCAUUUGCUUUUCGAACGUACGAAGAAAAUGGUAUUUUACUUUACCACGACUUUUUAUCCACGGGAUAUGUCAAACUAUAUUUAGAACUUGGUAAAUUGAAAAUUGAUCUUUUGACAAAUUUAAAUGUGAAUAAUAAAAUAAUAUUGGACAAUUAUGACAUAUUAUUCAACGAUGGACGUUGGCAUACCGUUGUACUAACUGUAAAAGUUAAUUUAUUAAUAUUAAACGUUGAUAAUCAACCAAUGCGUACUGUUCGUAAUUUGAAAAUUACAACUGGCAGUGUUUAUUAUAUUGGAGGACGAAAGGCAAGUGGUAUAAGUGAUCGUGGUUUUGUUGGUUGCAUGCGUUUAAUAAUUAUAGAUGGUAACUAUAAAUUGCCAACCGAUUGGAAAGAUGAUGAAUAUUGCUGUAAAGACGAAGUUGUAUUUGAUGCAUGUCAUAUGGUUGACCGUUGUAAUCCAAACCCUUGUCAACAUGACGGUUUAUGCAAACAAACAUCAAAUGAAUUCAUAUGUGAUUGUUCCAACACUGGUUAUGGCGGUGCAGUAUGUCAUACAUCAUUGAAUCCUUUAUCAUGUCAAGCAUAUAAAUAUGUACAAACUGUACAAAAUUCAGCUAAUAUCCAUAUUGAUGUAGAUGGUAGCGGUCCAUUAAAACCAUUCCCUGUAACAUGUGAAUUUUAUUCGGAUGGCCGUAUAAUGACUGUUUUACGUCAUAGUAAUGAACAAACAACGCAAGUUGACGGUUUUAAUGAACCUGGUUCAUUCCGUCAAGAUAUUGAAUAUGAAGCGGAUGUUGACCAAAUAGAAGCAUUAUUAAAUCGUUCAAUUGCAUGUCAUCAACGUAUUGUAUAUCAAUGUAAAAAUUCACGUUUAUUUAAUACACCUGUGGAUGAACGUAAUUUUAACCCAUAUGCAUGGUGGGUGUCAAAACACAAUCAGAAAAUGGAUUAUUGGGGUGGGUCAAUUCCUGGUUCACGAAAAUGUGAAUGUGGUAUAUUGGGACAAUGUGUUGAUCCAACUAAGUGGUGUAAUUGCGAUGCCGGUUUAGAUACGUGGCUUGAAGAUAGUGGAGAAAUUACUGAUAAAGAAUAUUUACCGGUGAAACAAAUACGUUUUGGUGAUACGGGAAAUGCAUUAGAUGAAAAGGAAGGAAGAUAUACAUUAGGUCCAUUGUAUUGUGAAGGUGAUGAUUUGUUCAAUAAUGUUGUAACGUUUCGAAUUGUUGAUGCAACUAUUAAUUUACCAACAUUUGACAUGGGGCAUAGUGGAGAUAUUUACUUUGAAUUCAAAACAACAAUUGAGAAUGCAGUAUUGUUCCAUAGUAAAGGUCCUACCGAUUACAUUAAACUUAUUAUUAUGAAUGGUAACCAACUACAAUUUACUUAUCAAGCUGGUAGUGGCCCACUAUCUGUAACAGUUGAUACAUCAUCCAUGUUAGCCGAUAACAAAUGGCAUUCUGUGUCAGUUGAACGUAAUCGAAAAGAAGCACGGCUUGUACUCGAUGGUGCAUUAAAAGCUGAAGUACGUGAACCACCGGGUCCCGUACGUGCACUCCAUUUAACAUCAGAAUUUGUGUUGGGGGCAUCCACUGAUUAUUCCGAUGGUUUUGUUGGAUGUAUUCGUGCAUUAUUAUUAAAUGGCCAGCAAGUAAACUUACGUCAAUAUGCAGCACGUGGUUUAUAUGGCGUGGAUGAAGGAUGUGUAGGACGAUGUCACAGUAAUCCAUGUCUAAAUAAUGGUACAUGUCAUGAACGUUACAAUGGCUAUGAUUGUGAUUGUCGUUGGACCGCAUUUAAAGGACCAAUAUGUGCCGAUGAAAUUGGUGUCAAUUUACGACAAAGUUCAAUGAUUAAAUACGAUUUUAUGGGAUCAUGGCGUUCGACAAUUUCUGAAAAUAUUCGUGUCGGAUUUACAACUACCAAUCCAAAAGGUUUCCUACUUGGAUUCGCUUCAAAUAUUACUGGAGAAUAUUUAAAUAUAAUGGUUUCGAAUAGUGGUAAUUUACGUGUGGUAUUUGAUUUUGGAUUUGAACGGCAAGAGUUAAUAUUCCCCAAUAAACAUUUUGGAUUGGGUCAGUAUCAUGAUGUACACUUUUCACGUAAAAAUUCUGGUGCGACUGUUGUGUUAAAAGUGGAUAAUUAUCAACCAGUUGAAUAUCAUUUUAAUAUUAAAGAAUCAGCUGACGCUCAAUUUAAUAAUAUUCAAUAUUUGUAUAUUGGUAAGAAUGAGUCCAUGCCUGAAGGAUUUGUUGGUUGUGUGUCACGUGUGGAAUUUGAUGAUAUUUAUCCAUUGAAAUUAUUAUUCCAAGAAAAAGGACCAGCAAAUGUGCGGUCUUUAGGAACACCAUUAACCGAAGACUUUUGUGGUGUUGAGCCAAUUACACAUCCACCGAUGUUAAUGGAAACUCGACCACCACCAAUUGUAGAUGAAGAAAAAUUAAGACAAGCUUAUAAUCGUACAGAUUCUGCUGUUUUGGGAGGCGUUUUGGCAAUCAUCUUUUUAGCACUUGUUAUUAUGGCAGUUUUAAUAGGAAGAUUUUUAGCACGACACAAAGGAGAAUAUUUAACACAAGAAGAUGCUGGUGCUGAAACAGCACUAGAUCCUGAUUCAGCAGUAAUACAAUCACAUACUGGACACCAUGUACAAAAGAAAAGAGAAUGGUUUAUUUAAAUUAGAUCAUUUCAUUUUAGUUUUCGAAUUCAAUUUUUUUAAGUAUUAUUUUCUCCGUCCAUUUUUUUUUUUAAUUUAAUUUUUUUGAUUUCAAUUUAUACACUUAGAUACAAUAUUUAUGAACCAAUAAAUCACAAUCUAAAUGUUUAUAUACUCAGUAUUACUUUAAUGUGUUUAAAUUGGUUCAUUUUAUUGUUUUUAACUGUACAACAUAAAUUGGCUAUAUUUUUGACUGAAAUUAUGGUUUUUAAUCGAAUAAGUUAUAAGUUAAAAAUUAAUAGAAAUUUUUACAGUCCUUCCGUUAAAUUAAAUAAACACGCUUAUGAAAGUUACACAGAUAAGAGUAAAAAUCGUACCGUGAAUUUUAUUAAUAAAUCUGUAAAAUAAAAUAACUAACUUGAAUUACUUAAUUUAGUUUUUUCAUUCA